UUGGCAUUUAGUUGGCUGCGUUUCAUUUGGGUAGUGCUGGUGCUGGGCAUUUACAAGUUACAAGUUACAACAGACAACGGAAUGAUUAGUCUCACAGUCACAGAUGGUAAAUGAAAUGAGGUAUCUACGUGUUUCCCAUUGAAAGAGAAGAGACUUGUUUGCAAACAAAUGGAUUCUACUAAUGAGUUGGAAAUGCAAGAGCCCAGCAUAGAGACCGAUAAGCUUAGCUACGAGAUAUUCUCCAUUCUCGAAAGCAACUUCCUCUUCGGCUACGACGAUCCCAAACUCUGGUUCCCCAACCCCCAAUCUCAACAACCGCCACCCGUCAAGAACCAGCGCGGCAAGAUAUGCAUUCUCGCCAUCGACGGCGCCGGCAUGCGCGGGAUUCUCGCCGGAAAAGCCCUCGCCUACUUGGAAGCCGCGCUCAAGAAGAAAUCCGGCGACCACAACGCCACCAUCGCCGACUACUUCGACGUCGCCGCCGGCGCCGGCGUCGGAGGCAUCUUCACCGCGAUGCUCUUCGCCACCAAGGACCGCCGCCGCCCCAUUUUCUCCGCCGAGGACACGUGGCGCUUUCUGGCGGAGAAAGGGAACAGAUUCUACCGCGGAGCCGGCGGUCGCGGGCUUUGGAAGAGGCUGCUGACCGCCGGCGGGUCCGGUUCGGUGGCGGCGGCGACGGGAGGGUUGGAGAAGGCGGUGAAGGAAGCGUUCACGGCGGAGAAUCGGAGUUUGACGCUGAAGGACACGCUGAAACCGGUGUUGAUUCCGUGCUACGACUUAUCGAGUACGGCGCCGUUUUUGUUCUCACGUGCGGACGCGUUGGAAACGGAUAGCUUCGAUUUCCGGUUGUGGGAGGUGUGUCGCGCCACCUCGGCCGAACCGGGUUUGUUCGAACCGGUUCAGAUGCGGUCCGUGGACGGUCAAACGAAGUGCGUGGCCGUGGACGGUGGGUUGGCGAUGAGUAACCCAACCGGUGCGGCAAUCACGCACGUGCUGCACAACAAGCAAGAGUUUCCGUUCGUGCGAGGCGUGGAGGACCUUCUGGUUCUUUCUCUUGGAACGGGUCAACUGUUGGAGGUGAGUUACGACUUUGACCGCGUCAAACGCUGGAAGGCCAAGGACUGGGCCCGGCCCAUGGCCCGCAUUUCUGGCGACGGCUCCUCUGACCUCGUCGACCAGGCCGUCGCCAUGGCCUUUGGUCAUAGCCGCAGCACCAAUUAUGUCCGCAUUCAGGCAAAUGGGUCAAGCAUGGGGCGAUGUGGACCCAAUGUGGAUACAGAUGCAAGUCCCGGGAAUGUAAAGAUGCUGAUUGGAAUAGCAGAGGAGAUGUUGAAGCAGGAGAAUGUAGAGUCAGUACUGUUUGGAGGAAAGAGGAUUGGGGAGCAGAGUAACUUUGAGAAACUUGACUGGUUUGCUGGAGAACUUGUUCAGGAGCAUCAGAGGAGGAGCUGCAGAAUAGCACCCACUGUUGCUUUCAAGCAAGCUACCCCAAAAGCGACCUAGGUCAUGCCCAACAGUUCAAAGAAUCAACCUAAAGAAAAAGGGAAAAACCAAUAUAGGAGGAAGCAGGAGUAAGGGAAAAAAAGAGAAAAGAAAAGAAAAAGGCAGAUAGUAGUAGUAUAGCAGCUUUACUUUUCAAGAUAGACAAAGAAGGUUAGGGAGUCGAGUGAAAAGGACAAGUGGUGUAAAAAAGGUGGAAAAUCUUUGUGGGAUACUUUGCUCUCUAGAGGACAGACAUUGUGGUGUCCACUCUACCUUUCUAUUAGGGUAAGAAACCCAAAAAUGAAAAAGCCAAGUGUCUGAGUUGAAGCUUUUUAGGGUCAAACAUGAAUCAAGUGUGAAUUUUUUAUUUUAAAAAUGAGAAUUCAGGGUCGUAAAUUGAAUCACAUUCUUCCAUUUUAGUUUCUUUCUUUCUUUUAUUUUUUUUAAGGAUAUUCUGUAAAUCUCUUUCUUUAUAUUAAAACAGUUUCAUCCCUGCUUGAAAGAAACUGAGAUGGUGGUGGGCUACAUUGUUAUUAUAAAUUUUAAAUAUGUGGUUAUACUUGUCUCCGA